CGCAAGACACUGUGAAAACACCUCGCAAAGAAGACACUCGCAAAGAAAGUUCGGUGGUCCCUCGGUGGAGAAGGUCACCACGAACAAGCGGUUGGCUAUUUUCACAAAAGUGACCCGCGACUGUGACACAAUCGGCCCCGUCGGUGUGCAGGCUGGUUGGCAAAGUGAACCGUCUUCCCAGCACCGAUCUGCGGCCUCCCACAGCACGUCCUUCUGCCUCCCCCGAAUCGAUGGGUUCAUUUCCGCCGAUGUAAGGAAAACUUGUUUGUGAUACGAACUCUCUAGUCAAAGUUGGGCCCCCUUUAUCGCCCUCUUGUGUUACUUCACCAAAGAACUCCGUCGCGCCUGUUACGGCAGGAAUAACAAAUUUCCCACCGUGUGUUUGCUCCAUUACGCACGCCACCUCCAGCUCCACUGCCUCCGUCACCGAUGAAAAAGCAACGGCUGAUAAGAGCCAGCGGCGGUGUGUUUGUGUGCAAAGGAAAGGGUAAGCGAGCGAACCGCUGAAGUGGCGUACAGGUGCGCAGCACACACAGGUUACAGGAAAAGGCACCCGGGUUGGCCGCUUAUCACGAGCGGUGCAGCCCCAGAACGGGGCUAUUGCUGUCUAUAAUCGAGUCGAUUGUUCGACGUUCGAGGGCGCAAGUGAACGUUACAACAAAGUUCUUCCACAUAUCCCCUUCCAGCGUGUGAAGUAAGCUGGCGACAGUGUGUUUCGCUACCGUUCGAAGCCAUUACGAUGCACAGCUAGUGCAAAGUGCCGCAUUCGAAAGUGUGUCCCAGGCCAUAGUAAAACAACAACAGCGAAUUGAUACACUUUGGGUGUACUGCGCGUAAUCUAGUCGUUACCGAAAGAGGUAGAAAAACGUUAGUACCAUGUUUGCCUCACUGAAGAAUAAGAUCCGCGAAGAGACUGGCAACGAUGUGGCCCCACUGUCCGUCUCGCGAACCCGUCGUAGCCGACCCGAAUCCCUUACCAGCGCCAGCUCGAUCGAUGAGAUGAGCGUGCUCGAGCAGAAGGAUGCCGAAUUGAACGCUACCCGGUUGGAGCUGCAAGAGCUUACCGGCCACUUGAACAGCUUCCGCGAGGCGGCACACAAACUAGAGCAGGAGCGGGCCAACCUGGAGCAGGCCAACAAGACGCUCGAGACAAAACUCGGUGCCUGCCAGGUGCAGCAGGAGUUGCAGCGCGAGGAGCAGGACAAGAUACAGAACUUCCAGCAGCAGGAAAUAUCAAAGCUGAAGAGUAUGCUGCUGUUCCGCGAGCAGGAAGCCGUCGACCGGAUAGCGCACCAGAAGAACGCCGAGCAGCAGGUCGAGAGCCUCCGGCAGGAGCUGGCACGCCUCCGGGGGCUCGAGCCGAUGCUGGAGAACGCACAGGACGAACUGGAGAACCUGCGCCACUCGUCGCAGUGCGAACGGAACAACCUCAUGUCGACGCUGGCCGCCGUCGAGGAGACGAACCGGCACCUGAAGAGCCGUAUCCAGGUGCUGGAGGAUACACGUGUUUCGCUCACGUCGGCCAGCGGCACCGGUGGCAGCACGGACGAUAAGAUCCAGUGCCUGCUGAAAGAGCGCUUAAUGCUCGAAGAGCGGCUACACGAGGCCCACCUGCACCUGUCGGACAUCAAGAGUAAAUGGAGCGGCCAGAAUAUGACGCUGGAAACGCAGGUAAAUCGGUUAUCCCGCCAGGUCGCCGAAGAGACGACCGAAAAGCAUAAGGCGCUCAAGCUAAAGGACGAACUGAUCGAGAAGUUGAAGCAGCUGGAGUUUGAGCUUGAGAAGCUGCGCUCUGAAGUAACGCAACGUGACAAUAAGAUUAAGCUUAUGAAUGAAGAAAUCGAUGAGCUGCAUUCCGCGCUCCGGGAGGCACGUGAGCAGCAUGAAGAAGAAGUCACGUUUAUGACCGGCAAAGUAGAGCAACUGCAAGCGGAAACAAGCCAUCUACGCACGAAUCUCACCGAAACCGAGCAGCGGCUACUGGAGUGCCUGGAAAGUGCGGACCGCUCCAGCGGAGCUUAUCAAGGGCAGCUGGUAGAACUGGAGAACUCGGUGCGCGAACUAAACCACCAACUGGCUGGUGAAAAACAGGAAAAGCUGGCUGUUUUGAUGAAGAAUGCGGAAAUGUCGCAACAGGAAGAAAUCUUGCGCCAGGAGUUGCGCCACGAAAAGGACGAAUCGAUCGAACUGCACGAUCGUGCAAUGAUGCUGCAAAGAGAACUGGAUAAAAGAUUAAACACAGUAAAUGAGCUACGAAAGCAAGUAGAUGAACUCAUGACCACGAAUCUCGAACUGAACGCCGAGCUAGUUGAUAAAAAUAAGAUUAUAAAAAUUCUAAACCAACGUCUAGUGGAUAUGAAAAAAACACUCCAAGAAGAACUGAAAGGGCAGAACAGCAGUAACAGCAAUCACCACCAGCAUGGCCACAGUGGUCCGGGCUCACUUCCGGCCGAUCGGUCCUCGCUCGAGCGAUCGAAAAGUUUCGACUCCAAGUCGAUCGUGAAGGAGAACGGUAGUCUUAAGCCGAACGGAACCAGCGAUGGGCCACCGGUAGUGAUGGAUGAGGUGAACUUCCGCUAUCUGAAACAUGUGAUAAUCAAAUUUCUUACCAGUAGAGAGGUCGAAGCAAGGCAUUUGAUAAAAGCCGUCUCAACGCUGCUGCAGCUUAGCUACGAGGAAGAGAAACUGCUCCACGAUACGCUUAACUGGAAGAUGAGCUGGUUCGGCAGCCGACCCGGUCAGGUAACGCUUCCCUUGAGCUAAAAGUUGUCCCCCACUGCAUUGAUGACCCUGCGACCUGAACGUGUCCACGGUGCUUCACGCUACGCCACAGCAUAUCUACGAUAUAUGCCGUUAUGCAUAUGAUGAUAUAACGGAGAAAACGCAUAAAGCCAGGUGUAAUCUCAACCGAUGUAGGGACAAAAGGCAAAAAGAAAGACAUAAUCAAAACGAAUAUUAAUUUUCACUCAACCUAGUCGCGCGGGUUGCCUUCGUACUGCACUGCGUUAAGCACAAACGAUAUGCCAAGCGAGUAGAUCUCUUUUUCUUUGGACGCUCAUAUAUUUGUUUUGGUUUUCGUUUUACUAUUCUUAUCUAACUGCUUUUUAUGCAGAUUAUGCAGAUAAUAUUAUAUCGUUAACUUUAUACGAACAUUCCUUAAAAGAUCGUUUGAUCUGUACGCUUUAUCAAACAGUUAUUGCUUAUAUGUUGCCGAGUGAGAGAACGAAUGUGAUUUGUUUGUUUCCAAAGAAACUUAUGUAUUUUCUAUCAUGCCAUAGUAUUAAACACAGCACGGAACCCCCGUAUAGAUUUCGUGAAAAAAGCAUUUGUGAGGUGUUUUAAAGUGCAUGAGUGUGUUAUUAGUUGUUUUUAGUUUAUUACACUACGGAAAGCGGUCAGUGUCGAAUUAAGUCAUGUUUUGUGCUGUGUAUUAGAACAGAUUGUUGAAAAGUUGGAAGAGUAACGUUAAACAAAGUUGAAGGUGGAGUGUGAAGCAAUUAAGAAGCCACCGGGUAUGGAUAGUGGCCAGCUUAUCAGCAGCGCCCAGCCGAUCGGAGACACGAUCCUAGAAAGUCGCAACAGGUUCAUCGUUCAUAUGUUCCACUCAGCCAUUAUUCAUGUUUAUACGAUUUCAAAUAAACAACAUAAUAAAUGCAUCACA